CUUGGCCUGAAUGUUCAUCAAACAAUGCCCACUGAAUUUCAAUUCAUAGUCGCUAUUGUAGAAGUUGAUGAUUCUUAUUCGAUAGAAAAAAAUCUUCUCUGCACUGGAUCACUUCUUACAAAAUCUCACAUAUUAACAUGUGAACACUGUUUUGAAGAAAUAGAAAGUCAACCUUUUCGCAUACUUGCUGGAUCAAAUAGUUUAAUAGAUGCUACAGCAUUUUUUCCCUUAUUUUGGAUAUCUUUUGAUCAAUGGGCAGUAAAUGAAGGAGAAGAAAUUGUGUACCCAGAGAAUGACAUUGCUAUGAUCAAAUUAAUUGUUGCUGUACCUGAUGAAUGCCCUACAGUCACACUUGCAACAUUUAGUGAAAAUGAAGAUUUAUAUGGGUUAUGGACGGUAACAGCGGGAUGGGGUCAAAUAAAAAAUGAUAUUCUGCCAAUAAUUUUACAUAAGGCGAUAGUGAAAAUUAUAACAAAUGAAAAUUGUGAAAAUAUAAUAAAAGCUUUAGCUGGAGAGGAGUGUCCUGUUCCAGAAGAAUUAUACAUAUGUACGAAAAAUUUGCCGUACACCCAUUUAGGAGAGGGUGACAGUGGAGGGCCGCUAUUGUAUGAAAAUAAUCUCGUAGGAAUUAACAAAGCAUUGUGUCCAGAUAUAGACUUUUCCACAUAUCAAGUGAAUGCGCAUCUUAGCAUACAUUACUAUAGAACAUUUAUUGCAUCAACUAUAACAACGUAAUAAUUUAUAUAAUUAAUAAUCAACUCAAAUAUUAAGACAA